AAGGCGCAGGGUGCGAAAGAGGGCGCCUACGAGAAGGCGCAGGGCGCCAAAGAGAGUGCUGGAUCCAUCAAGGACUCGGCCUACGAGAAGGCACAGGGCGCAAAAGAGAGUGCUGGAUCCAUCAAGGACAAGGCGUACGAGAAGGCACAGGGCGCGAAAGAGGGUGCAGGUUACUUAAAGGACAAGGCGUACGAGAAGGCACAGGGUGCGAAAGAGAGUGCAGAUGAAGGGAAAGAAGAGGCGAUGAAGAAGGUAAAAGAGACGAAAGAGAAGACAUUGGAAGCUGCAGAAGCAGCAAAAGAGAAAGCCAAGGAAGAAGGUGGGGAGGGUUUGGAAUGGGCCAAAGAGAAAGUGAAACAAGGUUACGAAACAACGAAGCAGAAAGCAAAGGAAGGAUUGGAGUCGGCGAAAGAGGCGGUAGGGAACAAGUACGAGGAGGUAAGUGCGCAACAUAAGCAGAAAGCCAACGACUUUAAGGAAGAUGUGGUACUAGGUGGUCGAUCAUGGGACAGGGAGCUUUGAAGCAGAAACUCGUCGGAUAUGUUGAUGUUAUUUGUUGUGUUAUUUCGUCUUCUUUUGGUGUAAAUAUGUAUAAAUAAUACGUUAUGGAUUAGAUCAACCAACAGUAUGUAUGUGUACCAGUAAUAGUAUAAUUGAGUUGAAUAAGUUUUGCUGGUCAUGAUAUAUAUGGGCCUCUGGGUAGGCUCCUAAUAGCCCAAGCCCAAUAAUACGAGUCCGAUACCAAGCCCAAGCCCAA